AUACAUGUUUAUAAAUUUUAUGAGCAUAUAUAUUUGUUUUAAACAAAAUGUUUCGUAAUGGUAUAGUAAGGAAAACACAAUUUUUAAUAUUAUUUUAUACAAAUGGUUUAUGUUAUCGGAAACUGAUAACAAAAUGUCGGUUAAUAUUAGUCGCCUGUACACAUGAUUUAGCUGUAAAUACACAGACGUUUAUGAAGCAAAAUGUACAACCAGUCAAUAAAUUUGUGUGGAGAAGUCAUACAUGCGGAGAACUAAGAAGUGAAAAUGUGGGAGAAAAAGUUCAGUUAUAUGGCUGGUUAGAAUUUUCCAGAACUAAUAAAUUUCUGUUAUUGAGAGAUUCUUAUGGUUCUGUACAACUUAUCAUACCUAAUCAUAGAAAAGAUCUAGGAAUGAUAGCAAAAAAUUUAGCUUUCGAAAGUGUGCUAUUUGUAGAAGGUACAGUAUUGAAAAGACCAGAGGGUCAAGAAAAUGAGAGAAUGAAAACUGGAGAUAUAGAAGUACAAGUUGUAUCCUUGGAAGUUUUAAAUUCAGCAAAACCAAAUUUACCAUUUAUUAUUAGAGAAUAUAAUAAAGCAAAGGAAAGUACUCAGUUGAAGUUUAGAUAUAUAUCCUUGAGGUAUCCUGAAUUGCAAAGGAAUUUAAGAUUGCGUUCAAAAGUUAUAAUGAAAAUGAGGGAAUACCUAAUUAAUGAAUGUGAUUUUGUGGAUAUAGAAACUCCAACACUGUUUAAAGUUACUCCUGAAGGUGCACAAGAAUUUAUAGUUCCAACACAACAUCCAGGACAAUUUUAUUCUUUAGUACAGAGUCCACAACAGUUUAAACAAUUAUUAAUGAUAGGUGGUUGUGAUAGAUAUUUUCAAAUUGCCAGAUGUUAUAGAGAUGAAAAACCUACACACAAUAGACAACCUGAAUUUACACAGCUGGAUAUAGAAAUGUCAUUUGUUGAUUGUAAAGGAAUAAUGAAAUUAAUUGAAAAUUUAAUAUUAUAUUGUUGGCCUAAAGAAGCAGGAGAAGUAACAAUUCCUUUCAAGCAUCUCACAUACACUGAGGCAAUGGAAUUUUAUGGUUCAGAUAAACCAGAUUUAAGGAUACCACACAAACUUCAUAAACUUACAGAAAUGAUUGAUCAUUCAGCAUUGGAACAGACUUUUAAAAUGAAAUGGCAUGAAAACCAUGAGGUUUAUGGUUUGGUAUUUUCCAAUAAGCACGAGUUUCUUACAAAGACUGUUAAGGAAAAUAUUUCUAGUCUACAACAGAAUUAUUUUCCUUCUGUAAAAUUAAUUCAAUUAAAAACAAGUAACAAAUCGCUCAUAUUAACAAAUAUUAUUAAAGAAAAUAUACAGCAGAGAUUAAAUUUAAAAGAAGGAGAUGUCUUCUUCUUAGCUUACGGCGAAGAAUUUCAAACACAAUCGUUAUUAGGAAAAGUGCGUCUUCAAUUCACAGAUAUAUUAGAAAGUAAAGGUGAACAAAUCCGUAUCUCUGCAAAUGAAUUCUUAUGGGUUACCGAUUUCCCAUUAUUUUCAUUCAGUACUAAAACAAAUAAAUUAGAAACUAUGCAUCAUCCAUUUACGCGUCCUCACCCAGAUGAUAUUCAAUACCUUCUGGAAAAUCCACUGAAGGUUAGAGGAUUACAUUACGAUUUAAUUAUGAAUGGUUCAGAAAUUGCAGGAGGUUCAAUAAGAAUUCAUGAAGCAGAACUUCAAAAGAAAAUACUUAAGAUGUUAAAUGUGGACGAAUCACAUUUAACGCAUAUGCUUGAUGCUCUAGAAUGUGGUGCUCCACCACAUGGGGGAAUUGCUAUAGGAUUAGAUCGUUUCAUAAGUGUAUUGUGCAACACAGAAAAUAUAAAAAAUGUGAUAGCAUUCCCAAAAACUACAGCAGGACGAGAUUUAAUGUCAGGGGCUCCAGUUUCAAUUUCUGACGAAGAAAAAACGUUGUAUCAUAUAAAAACGACAGAAGAAUAAAACGAUCUGAUAUAUUUUCUA